AAAAGAACAGCCAAAAUACUAAUAUUUUUACCCCCACUCCUCUCUUUAACCAAAAUAGCUAUUUUACCAAGAAGUAUAAUAAACUAGUUCAACAUUGUGGUAUCCCAACGAUGGAUCUAAUAAAUAAUUGGAAAAACAAAUUGGUUAUUAAUCUGUCUGAUGUACAAAUCCCCAAUAGAAUUAAAGCUUUAUUAGCUAAAGGUUUAGAUUUUAAUUUCCAAACAUAUUUACCUAAAAGCAAAAUUGCCAUUGAGUUAGAGUAUAUUCUCAACAGUUUAGACAUUGUCAACCAUAUUGAAAUUAAAAAUAAAGUCCAAAAUAUUGUUAAAAAUCACAAUCUUAGUAAAAACCAUAAAAGAUCCUUAUGGACACAUAAUAAUAAUAAUAAUAAUAAUAAAGGUUUAAAAAAAUUAAUUAAGAAUAAUAAUUUAGUCAACUUACAGGCUGACAAAUCUAGGCAGAGUAUUGUCAUGAACUAUCAGGGUUAUAUUAAGGUAGCCCAGGAUCUUUUAGAUAACAACUUGUAUGAGGAACUGUCCCAUGGUCCGACACUUAAAAUUAAAAAAGAAUUGAUUGUUAGUCUAAAAAAACUAUUAACUAUCAAAAUUAUUGAUAAAGAUGAUUAUAAGUUUAUCACUAGUUAUGGUCACCGCACCCCCAAGUUUAACAUAAGGAUCAAAACCCAUAAAACACCCAUUGCUUAUAGACCUCUUGUUGAUAUUAAAUUUUAUUGUUUAUAUAACUUAGAAUUAUUUGUCAAAUCCAAACUAAAAUCCCUAGUAAUGUCUAAACACUGCAUUAAAAGCACUGAUGAAUUUCUUAAUAACCUAAAGGAAGUCAAAAUGGAAAACAGGUUUAGAAUAUUGUCUUUGGACAUCAAGAAUAUGUACACCAGUAUCAUCCAAGAUAGAAUUGUUAACUCCCUCAGGUCUAUAAAUUGUGCAGAUUGGCUCAUUGAUCUUGUCAUCCUUAUCUUAUUGAACAACCAUUUCCAAUUUAAUGGUAAAUACUAUAUUCAAAAAUCUGGCAUACCUAUGGGGUCUAUUAUUGGCCCUAUUUUAGCUGAACUAAGUGUUAUCGAUAUCGAUACAUCCAUUAAUAAUACAGUAGAGCCUCGAUUAUCUGACUCAAUUGGGGACUGGGGUUGGUCAGAUAAUUGA